AUGGUGAUGAAGAAGAAAAAAAAGAAGAAGAAAAAAAAGAAGAAGAAGAAAAAGAAGAAGAAGAAAAAGAAGAAGGAGAGAGAGAGAGAGAGAGAGGGAGGGAGAGAGAGAAGCUCACGCGAGCGGAACACCGGUAGAGUGUUGUGCACAGCGGCGACGACGCGUCUGGCAAGUCUAACAGGCAGUCUCUGA